AGGGUCCCUCGCAAGGAACCAACAACGGGGGCAAGGAGUCUUUUCCUACAAAGAACGCUCGAUAAACGGGCUGACACCAAGUACGAGAAAUAGGAAAAAUGGAUUACGCAGACCACGAGUACACCAGCAGCACUUGCGAUAUGCAUACGCCCGUGGAUUUCACAUAUAAAAUGAGCAAAAAAGAAAUCGAAGACUUUGUAAAGCUGAGGGUUUCAAAUACCUACCUCUUCUCUGGAAAGAGAAAUACUUCUAUGUGGGCAUGGAGGACCAUUUUGAAACAUAUGGGCUUACACCGUAAGAUGACCCAUCAUCAAGCGUCUAAAAAAUGGGAAAACCUGAAGAAGAGAUACAAGGAGCUAAAGCAUCCUCCAGAAGGGGUGGAAGUGUUUCCUGAUGUAUGGCCUUAUUUCUCCUUGAUGGACAAUGCAAUGGUGGGUCGGCUGGAGGGCAGCGCCCCCAUUCUCAAGGCCUUCCCCCACAACAAAGACAAUGGGGAGUUCUUGAUCAAACCCAAAAAGAAGAAGUUAGCCGCAAUGGUGAAGUCUUCUAUUGUGGCUGCUCCAACUGAGAUUGAAUUUCCACUUAAUGGGAUUGAGGAUGGGGAGGUGGUGGCGGAACAGGAGGGACCUCAGGAUAUAGACUGCAUCUUACAAGAGGUGGAGGACGAGAGGAGGACAACGUGCAGUGAGCAACAGGUGACAGAAAGGGAGAAAGAAGUGAUGGAACGGGAGCGUCUGGUGCUGCAGAGGGAGAGAGCAGUGCUGGACAGGGAGAUCGCAGUUUUGGAUCGAGACCGAGCCGUGCUGGAGAGGGAGAGGGCGGCGCUGGACAGAGAAAAGGCAUUGUUGGACAGUUUGGCUUUUGACAACAUUCUUGUGUGA